UGUCAGACUUAACUGUGGGGUCUCGUGCCUGUGUCUGUGCGGCGGAGCAGCGCGAGCCACUCAGCCAUUUAAAACCUCCUUGGAACUCAGAAAAUGAAAUGGAAACACUUUCACAUAAAACACAUUUAAAGUAAAGUCAGAAAAAGCUUUUUUUUUUGUUUUAUCUUUUUUUUCCAACUUCUCCCCCGGAGUUUUCCCCUGAGUUUCCCCCGGUGAGGAGUGUGAAGGGUCGGGUUUGAACUCGCUGACAGUCGGUCCGAUUCACGGUUCUGGUUCGGGGUUUGCACCGGAGGAAGCACCACCACCUGCCCCGUUUCAGUGACGCUGUUUUGGGGUCUUACUGAGUUAAAAUGUACCUGGUGAUCCUCCUCCUGUCUCUGAUGCUCCACACAUGCCGGACCCUCCCCACUCAGUUACCCGACUUUAGCGCCCUGCCGCCCGGCAUCUUCUCCUCCUCCGACCCGCUGCUGCUGGAGGAGGAGCAAUGGGGGGUUUGCGGGCCGUGUGAGGCCGAUCUGUGCCCGGAAACAAGGGGCUGCAGGGCCGGCGUGGUUCCGGACUCCUGCAACUGCUGCCAGGAGUGUGGGAACCUAGAGGGUCAGGCCUGCGACCCCCCGGGGGGCUGGAGCGAGAGGAGGGGGGCCGGGCUGUGCGGGGCCGGGCUGCGGUGCGAGAAGGAUCCUGCAGGAGGAGGAGGAGGAGAGGAAGAGGAGGAGGAAGAGGAUGUGUGUGUGUGUGAGGAGCAGGAGGCGGUGUGUGGAUCUGAUGGAGUCACUUACUUCAACAUGUGUCAGUUCAGAGAGGCAGCCUUCAGCAGACCAGAGCUGCAGAUCAGAGUGGGGGGGCCGUGCCGGACAGUCCCCAUCAUCAAGGUGCCCCCCCACAGCCAGGUGAACGGGACAGGAAGUAGCCUGGCGUUCCUCUGCGAGGUCUUUGCAUUCCCGAUGGCUCUGGUGGAGUGGAGGAAGGAGGGCCGGGAUGUGGUGCUGCCCGGGGACGACCCCCACAUCUCAGUACAGUCUAGGGGCGGGCCUCUGAAAUUCGAGCUCUCCAGUUGGCUGCAGAUUGAGGGGGCGGGGCCAGAGGACUCUGGGACCUAUCGCUGCGUCGCUCACAACGACAUGGGGUCGGUGUCUGCGUCCGCUGUACUGGGAGUACUGGGAGCAGAGGAGCUGUCGUCCUUCCUGUCUGACAGCGUGUCGGAGAUGGAGCGCCUGAUGGACGCCACCCACUACGACCAGGACUUUUACUGACGUGUGAUGUCACUUCCUGUCACCUGACGCCGCCUGGCUUCCCUUCAGCGGGGACAGUACACACACUCAGGGACUGGAAUAUAACGUUUUAUUAUGUUUUCAUUAUAAUCAUCCCAUAUUAGUGACGAGGCUCAGCAUGUUGAACGUGUUGUUGACGUCGCCGGUUCGAGCCCGAGUCUCCUGUUGCUGUGAAACUAACUUUAUCGUUUUAAUAAAUGUUAAAAC